UUCUCUGAUUCUCUGCUAAAUGAGCUAUAGGUCCACUGGGUUGACAAGGAAGAUUAUGUCCUCAACAACCUAUCAUUAAUAAAAACAUAGCUCCUAUAUUUCUUAUUAGAUGGACAAAAGAUUUGCUUCAAAAAGAGGGGAUUGCUAAUAUUGUUUCAUUCCAAUUGAACAAUUUCUACAACCUGUAUGCCAAGAUUAUAAGUUUGAUUAAAAAUAUAGAUAAUCAAGUGCGGAAUUUAGGGGAAAAUGCAUCCUUAUUAUUUGUAAAGAUAUAUGUUGAUCAUGUAGCCUGAUGGCCAGUCAGCCUGGGUGUUUUUAUCAGGAGGUUAUUGACUUGUUUCUUAUAAUCCUUGUUUAGACAAAAGAAGUCAAAUUACUAAGUGUAGGUAAAAAGAAAUUAGGUCUUUAAUAUAGAACUUAACAUUUACACUUUUAAGGUAUUAUUUCUUGUAAUAAAAUUAUCUCAAACUUACUACUAUAUUUUCAAAGUAUUAAAAUAUAAACAUUUAGACAAAAAAUUUAAUUGCUUUGUAGAAUCUUGAACAUUUGAGAAUUAAGAGUUGACCUAGCAGGUGUUUCUUCUUUGUUUCAAUCUUCCUUCAUUCACCUAUUCAACAAACUUUGGUUGAAUAAAUAAUGUUACCUGCCAGCACUUUGUGUUUAUCAUAGUAAAUUUCUUACCUAAAUUUUGUGAUUCAAAGGGCGUCCAUAGGAGUCUGUCUUUUCCUGCGGUGCAGUACAGAGCUGUUCUUCAGUGUUGCUUGCAGAAAGAGUAGUAACAUCUCCCAAGUACCCCCGGCGAUUUGUAUUAAACGGUGCAGGAAGGAAAAAAGGUGGUGGGAAAUAAUAUAUUUCCAUUUGCAGAAAGAUAUGUCUACCCCACAUUUUAUCUGAGCCAAGAAAUCAUUACCAGUUAACAUUAGGCAAAAUAAAUAGAAUGGUCGUAGAAAGUGAGUUUUGCAUUUUAAUAUCUAACUACAUAUUCUCUUUCAAUUUUCUGUCAUGCACUUGUGAUAUAAAUAAACAAAAAUAGACUUUAGUUUUUAACGUGACAUAAAAAAUCCACAGAGGUACUUAUUUGCAGACAUUCAGUUAAAGUCUUUCUAAGUCAUCUUAUACAUGGUGAGUAUUUGGACUAUUAAGUUACAUUAAAAUGCAAUCAUUAAAUUAACAAAGACUAAGUAUGAGUUAUAUAUGUUGUAGCAUAUACAAUUUUUGAAAUCUCAAAUUUCCUUAGGUAUUCUUGGACAUAUGUUAAAGAAAUGUAAAUUUCAAUGGAAAGGGAAGUUGAAUAUAUAAGUGAAUAUGUCUGUUUAUUGUUUGGGUCACAUUCAGACAAGAUCAACUAGGUUUUAUUAAUUAAAUUUACUUUUAUUAAUUUAUUAAUUUUACUUUGAAAAAUUAACAAGACAAUGUUCAUAUUUAAAUGAGCAUGAUUUUGAAGUUAUGGUAACACACAGUUGAGCCAUGCCCGCACUCAACAUUUAUGUAUCUACUUUUUACCUUGUGUCUGCUAGUUGCUAACAGUUAAUAACAUUCAUAAUUCAAGGAAUAAUAUACAGAUUCUACCUUCAAAGUACUUAAAAUUGAGAUAGUGCAUAAAACUGUACACAUUAACACAAUAAAAGGCAGAAUAAAGUAUCUAAGCGUGGGUGAUACCUUCACUACCAGUUUUUACUAAAUUGUGAAAUAUCCUUUACUGCUCUUUCAUGGUCUUUGGGACAUACAUGUCCCAGUUAUAUGUUCCAUCCCUGGAGGUUUAUUGGCAGGGAUUUGAGCCAUUAGUACAUUCUGCUGUCAUGGUAGAUACUGGUGCAACUGCCUAAAAAUCAAGGAAGUUGUUCUAUGUCACAUUUGAGUGUUGAGAGCCAUUCGUAUAAGGGGAUGGUUUCUGGAUGCUUCCCGGAAAAGCAAUAGUGUGAAACUCCUGUGUCUUUUGGCUUCUAUACAGCAAGAUAAGGUUUGCAAGUAUGUUUACUAUUUCUGUUGUGUUGCUGGGAAGACACAGUUACCAGCAUUUGGAAAUAUUCAAGUAAAUGAGUUAUUUUGGGGGUGAAAACCAUUUGUGAUACACUCCCAGGGCCAUGGAAUCAAUUCGUUCUAUGGUGUGAUGUGCUUCAUGGAACAUGGUACUGAUAUGGCUCACUCUAAGUCAGACUGAUAGCAGUUAUCUGCAGCAAGUGCAAUGUUUAUUUGGUAUUUUGUGUGUAUUUUUGGAAAGUUGAGUAAGAUAUCUUACAGCUAAAGUGUAAUUAAAAAUUGUUAUGGGACUGAUAUAUGCCCUGUGUUUGAUCUGCUUCAUGUAACAUGGGAUUAAUAUGCCCUGCCUGCAAAUGGCACCCCAUUUAAAAAAAAAAAAAAAAAACCACCAACAAUGAUUCAGCAUCCAUUCUGUUAGUGAAAAAAAAAAAUGGCGCAUCAAAAAUCUGCAAAACAAAACAAAAAAAGUCACCCAUGAAAGUGUUAAGGAUCAGAAAUAUUUUUAUUGAUGAGAAAUUUUAAAUAGUUCUUGAUUAGGAACUGAGGACAAAUAGUCUAAGAAAUACCAUGCAUACAGUGGUUGCAGUAUGUGAAAUCUCUUAAUAGGGCUAGCAUAAUUCAUCAUCAAACACACACCCACUAUUUCCCAAGUGUUUCACAUCACCAGGCUUCUUGGUUUUGAGCCUAACUUGUGGCUGUUGGUUUCAUUCCCUCCAGAAAGACACCUGUGGAGAGAUGAAAUGGAUGUCUACAACCAAACUACCAUCACAGAGUUCAUCCUCAGUGGUCUCUCUGACCUCCCAGAGGUACGCUACCCUCUCUUUGUGGUCUUUGCUGCCAUCUAUCAGGUCACCUUGGUGGGAAAUGGGGCCAUUCUCCUUGCUGUUGGAACUAAACAAAAGCUGCACACACCCAUGUAUUAUUUUUUGGCAAAUCUGUCCCUCUUAGAUAUUUUCUGCCCAUCAGCUACUGUUCCCAAGAUGCUCAAGAACCUCUUGACCAAGAAUCAAAGCAUUUCUUUUGUUGGAUGUGCUUUGCAGCUUUUUUUCCUAGUGGCCCUGGCAGGGACCGAGGUCUUCCUUCUCGCUGUCAUGGCUUAUGACCGGUACGUGGCCAUAUGUUUCCCCCUUUCUUACAUCCUCAUCAUGACAAAGGGGAGCUGUGUGAAGCUUACAGCAGGGACCUGGGCAUCAGGGUUUCUCAAUUCUCUUCUGCACACGGUGUUCACGUUCCGCCUGUCUUUCUGCAAGUCCAAUCAGGUCAACCAGUAUUAUUGUGGCAUCCCUCCAGUGGUGGCCCUCUCCUGCUCUUCCACGUAUGUGGCAGAAAUGCUUGUCUUAGUGGUAGGAGGUAUCUUGGGCAUCAGUGCCUUUCUAAUCACUGGUAUCUCUUAUAUCUACAUCAUAUCCACCAUCCUAAAGAUCAGGUCAGCUGAAGGGAAGUGCAAAGCCUUCUCCACAUGUGCUUCUCACCUCCUUGUGGCUUGUUUGUUUUAUGGUACAAUGAUAUUUACCUAUAUCCGCCCCUCCUCCAGACACCACUCCCCAGCCAGAGACAGGCUCAUCUCAAUGCUGUAUGGGGUUAUUACCCCAAUGUUAAACCCCCUCAUCUACAGCCUGAGAAACACGGAGGUAAAAGGAGCACUCAGAAAGGUUUUAUGUCAUAAGGCAUGUUUAAAGCAAGGAUGAUAUUACUCAGUUAGCAUUCCACUUAAUCUGAAUUCACAAGAAGGUUUGGAAGAAUUCAUAGGAAUAAUAUUUUACAUUGACAUAGAGAGGACAUACCUAUGUAUAGACAGAAAUUUAUACACACACACAUAUACAUAUAACUAUUGUUACACCUAUCUAAAAGGAACUCCGAUGGAGCAGUGGUUAAGUGCUCAGCUAUUAACCAAAAGAUCAAGGAUUCCAACCCACCAGCUGCUCGGAGGGAGAAAGAUGUCAGGUUGCUUCCAUAAAUAUUAAAACCCAUUGCCAUGGGUUGAUUUCUACUCAUAGUGGCCCUAUAGGACGAAGUAGAAAUGCACCAUAGGAUUUCCAAGGAGUGGCUAGUGGAUUCAAACUGCGACCUUUUGGUUAGCAGCCAAGUUCUUAACCACUGUGCCACCAGACCUCCCCAUAAAGAUUACAGCCUUGGAAACCCUAUGGGGCAGCUUCGCUCUGUCCUGUAGGGUCAAAAUCUACUCUUCAGCAGCAGGUUUAUAUCUAUCUAUACCAUGAGUUGCAAUCGGGUUUGGUUGUUUUGGUUAUAUACCUAUGUGUAUUUAUCUAUUGGGAACGUGAAAUUUAUCUUAAAAACUGUCAUAGGUUGAAAUGUGUCCCCCCAAAAUAUGUGUCAACUUGGUUAGGCCAUGAUUCCCAGUAUGGUGUGGUUGUUCUCCAUUUUGUGAUUAUAAUUUUCCUAUGUCUUAUAAAUCCUAAUCUCUGCCUGUGGUUAAUGAGGCAAGAUUGGAUUAUGCUGAAGAGGAUUAGGGUGGGAUAUAAAACCCUUGCCCAGGUCACAUUCUUGAUCCAAUGUAAAGGGAGUUUCCCUGGUGUGUAUCCUGCACCACCUUUUAUCUUACAAGAGAUAAAAGGAAAGGGAAGCAAGCAGAGAGUUUGGUUGUUUUGGUUAUAUACCUAUGUGUAUUUAUCUAUUGGGAACGUGAAAUUUAUCUUAAAAACUGUCAUAGGUUGAAAUGUGUCCCCCCAAAAUAUGUGUCAACUUGGUUAGGCCAUGAUUCCCAGUAUGGUGUGGUUGUUCUCCAUUUUGUGAUUAUAAUUUUCCUAUGUCUUAUAAAUCCUAAUCUCUGCCUGUGGUUAAUGAGGCAAGAUUGGAUUAUGCUGAAGAGGAUUAGGGUGGGAUAUAAAACCCUUGCCCAGGUCACAUUCUUGAUCCAAUGUAAAGGGAGUUUCCCUGGUGUGUAUCCUGCACCACCUUUUAUCUUACAAGAGAUAAAAGGAAAGGGAAGCAAGCAGAGAGUCGGGGACCUCAUGCCACCAAGAAAGAAGCAACAGGAACAGAGCACGUCCUUUGGACCUGGGGUUCCUGUGCAGAGAAGCUUCUAGCCCAGGGGAAAAUUGACAAGAAGGAUCUUCCUCUAGAGUUGACAGAUAGCCUUCCUCUGGAGGUGAUGCCCUGAACUUGGACUUCUAGCCUACUGGACUGUGAGAAAAUAAAUGUAACUUUGUUAAACCCAUCCACUUGUAGUUUUUCUGUUGCAGCAGCACUAGAUGACUAAGACAAAAACAGAUUUUUUUGUGAGUAAAUAUGGGACUGUUAUUAAUUGCACUGGUAGAGGAGGUACAAACUGAGUCUUUCUUAAAUAAACAUGAAUCUAUUACCACAUUGUAUACCCAUGUCCAUAUCCCUACUUAUACCUAUACUUAUACACACCCAUACAUAUAUAUCCACAAAUCUACAACUUCAUUUUUAUUUCUAUAUCUAAAUGUCUAAUAUAGCCAAAACCAAAAAUCAAACCCACUGCUGUGGAGUUGAUUCCAACUCAGAGAGACCCUAUAGGACAGAGUAGAACUGCCCCCACAGGAUUUCUAAGGCUGUAAUCUUUAUGGAAGCAGGCUGCCACAUCUUCCUCCUGUGGAGCUGCUGGUGGGUUGGAACCGCUGACCUUUCAGAUAAUAGUGAGAGCGUUAGCCACUGCGCCACCAGGGCCCACUUCUAUCUUGUAUUAACCUCUUGUAUCUAUAUAUCAUAUAAUUCUAAUAUAUCAAUAUAUAAUUUUGCUCUUUCUCUUUUUCAGCUUUGGUUUCCCCUUUAUAAUUCCGUGCUUCUCUUCCUUUCCUGUGACCACAUCCAUUCUUGGUUCUACACGUCCCUCACUUGGAGCAUUUACUUUUCUCCAUCUCUGAGCAAACAUGUUUAAAUUGGUUGACUAUAUUGCUAUCAUCUUAACCUCAACAUAUUCAAAACUACAAGUAUCAUCUUCACACACACACACACACGCACGCACACACCAAUCUUCUCAUUUGCUACACUCUAUUUUUGUUAUUUGCAUCAUUUUUUCUCAGCUACUCUGAUUUUUGUAGUUAACUGUCAUUGAGUCAACUCUAACUCAUUGCAGCCACAUGUAUAAUAGAAAAAAACAAAAUGUUGCCUGGUCCUAUGACAUCUUUAUGAUCAUUGGUAAGUUUGAGGCCCUUGUUCUGGCUAUUAGGCUCUGCUUUGCCUUGGUGCUCAGCACUUCCAUUCAGUGUGAAUAAGGAGCUAUUUUUUCUGACAGUAAAUUACUCUCCAUUCUCACUUCCUGUAACCCACAGAAAUAAGAACGUUUUCUCUCCGGGCUACUGAAUAUGUAAUAUAUCAUAUUAGAUAAGCAAUGCGAUAUGAAUUUCUCCAUAUUUUUGCCCAAAUCUUUGCACCCCAAUUGUUGUUGUUUGGUGCUCAUAGCGACACUAUGUACAACAGAACAAAACACUGCCAAGUCAUGUGCCAUCCUCACAAUCAUUGCUGUGCUUGAGCCCAUAGUUGCAGCCACUGUGUCAAUCCAUCUCUUUGAGGCUCUUCCUCUUUUCCACUGACUCUCUACUUUACCAAGCAUGAUGUCCUCCUCCAGGAACUGAUCGCUCCUGAUAGCCUGUCCAAAGCAUGGGAGACGUAGUCUUACCAUCCUUGCUUCUAAGGAGCACUCUUGUUAUGCUUCUUCCAAGACAGAUUUGUUAUUUCUUUUGGCAGUCCAUGGUAUAGUCAAUAUUCUUCUCCAAUCCCACAAUUCAAAGACAUCAAUUCUUCAGCCUUCCUUAUUCAUUGUUGAGUUUUUGCAUGAUAUGAGGUGAUUGAAAACACCACGGCUUGGGUCAGGCACACCUUAGUCCUUAAGGUGACAUCUUUGUUUUUCAACACUUUGAAGAGAUCUCUUGCAACUAAUUUUCCCAAUGCAAUGCAUCUUUUGAUUACUGCUGUUUCCAUGGGUGUUGCUUGGGGAUUCAAGUAAAAUGAAAUCCUUGACAACUUCAGUCUUUUCUCCAUUUAUCAUGAUGUUACUUAUUGGUUCAGUUGUGAGGAUUUUUGUUUUCUUUAUUUUGAGGUGUAAUCCAUACUGAAGCCUGUGGUCUUUGAUCUUCAUAGUAAGUGCUUCAAAUCCUCUUCACUUUUACCAAGGAAGGUGGUGUCAUCUGCAUAAGGCAGGUUGUUAAUGAGUCUUCCUCCAAUCCUGAUGCCCCUUCUUCUUCAAUAUAGUCCAGCUUCUUUCAUUAUUUGCUCAGCACACAGAUUGAAUAGGUGUGGUGAAAUGAUACAACCCUGACACACCUUUCCUGACUUUAAAGCAUGCAGCAUCCCCUUGUUCUGUUCGAACAACUGCUUCUUGAUCCAUGCACAGGUUCCUCAUGAGCACAAUUAAAAAAAAAAGUGUUCAGGAAUUCACAUUUUCCACAAUGUUUUCCAUAAUCUGUUAUGAUCCACACAGUCAGUCAUAGUCGACUUAGCAUAGUCGAUAAAACACAGGUAAACACCUUUCUGGUAUCCUCUGCUUUCAGUCAGGAUCCAUCUGACAUCAGUAAUGAUAUCCCUGGUUCCAUGUCCUCUUCUAAAACCAGCUUGAAUUUCUGGCUUUUCCCUGUCAAUAUACUGCUGCAGCCACUUUUGAAUGAUCUUCAGCAAAAUUUUGCUUGUAUGUGACAUUAAUGAUAU